AUGGCCCCUAACAAACCGUUCAUCACUUGGAAGGAAUUUAAAGAGGACAUUAAGGCGGCGUCCAUCGAAGUUAUCGGCUCCAUCCAGUCCGCCAAGUUGUCCGUCGUAGCUACACAGGGAGCUCAAGUUGCAGAGUUUGGACCACACAGUUUGGAUCAUAAUGUCUACAUAUCUGCAUCGGCAGGAGUAUCCCUCCUAGCUAGUGCCUGGAUGUUCUAUCGUAUCACUGGAGGAUUGUUCAACCCAGCCGUCAGUCUAGCCCUACGACUUAUAGGUCAAAUCACUACUGUCAGACUUGGACUUUACCUCAUCGCCCAAGUAUGCUCUGUCACAUAUAGGAAGAAACUACAGCUAACUUUUACUGCCCCUAAGCUAACAGGUGCCAUUAUCGCAUCCGCCCUCAUCCGCGGCCUCACUCCCGAACCCUUCCUCAUCAUGAACAAACUCGGAGAAAAGAUCAACGUCGUCCAAGGACUCUUCAUCGAAAUGUUUUGCACCUCCAUUCUCAUGCUCGCCAUCCUCAUGCUCGCGGCCGAAAAGAGCAGACUUACGCCCAUGGCACCGAUUGGCAUCUCGAUGACACUCUUUGGGUGCCACAUGUUUGACGUAUCCUUCACUGGUGCAUCUCUCGAACGUUUGGCCCGGCGGUGA